AUGGCCACGGCCUUACAAAGUCUGCGUAUGACAGCGCGAUGCUGCUCAUGCAGAAAUAUCACCUCUAGGUACACCAAUAAGUCAAUCGCCCAACGGAGGUUAUUUUCAAUCACAUCAAGACAAUAUAAAAUCGAUCCGAAAUUUAAGGAACUCCAGGAAAACGAACCAGACGAGGAUGAAUUCAUGGAAGAGAUUGACGAACUGUUUGAAAAUGCGGGUGCUCGACAUGCAAAUAAUCUACCAUCUUAUGGAUUUGACGAGGGUGUGAAGAAGAAGUUGAAGCCUACCUUUCUAAAUAUGGGAGAUCCAGAACCGUUUGAUGAGGACGACAGAGAGGAUGAUCACGAUGAUAUCACGACUUUGGCGCAUAUGGAAUUGGAACAGGUUAGAGAGAUUAGACAUUAUAAUAGGUUGGCAGCUUGGGAAAUGCCAAUGUUGAGCAAAUUGGCAAAACCAUUCGUACCGCCUUCAGCUGAAACUCCUUUACGAUUCAGAUACACUUCAUACAUGGGCGAGCAACAUCCAGCAGAGAAGAAAGUCGUUAUGGAAUUUUGUCCUGCAGAUAUGCCAGGAUUAACAGAAGUCCAAACGGACAAGCUUAGAAAAUUGGUUGGGCCAAGACUCAACCCAGAAACGGACAUUGUCAAGAUGAGUUGUGAAAUGUACCCAUCACAGGCCCAAAACAAGAGAUAUCUUGGUGAUAUGGUGGAUUCAUUAUUGGCAGAAGCAAAGACUGGCGAUACUUUCGAAGAUAUUCCAUUAGACACACGCCAUCACGUUUUCAAAGUGAAGCCCAGAUUCCCUGUAGAAUGGAGAUUAACAAAAGAGAGGAAGCAAGAACUGGCAGACUAUCGCCAAAAGAUGGUGGAGACAGACUUGAAUCGAGAACACAUUGGUCAACUUGUGGAUGGAGUUGAAACAAUUCGACACAGACUGGCUAAUCCAAUAGCUAAAGAACCGGUUCCUGAAACUGUUGCAGCUGGCGGAAGGAUAAUCGGGAACAAAAAGAUAGCUCCAUUCGAGCCUAGCUCACUCGAAUCCAUUCCCACCACAGUUAAGCUCCUACGAACUACCUUUCGUUCACAAAAAACGAAACCACUUGAAUACCGUCUGAAGCAACUUCGCAAGCUCUACUGGGCCAUUGUCGAUAAUAGUGAUGCUCUUAUCGAAGCAGAGAAGAGCGAUCUCGGAAAACCCGCUUUCGAAACUGUUCUUACGGAAACAGAAUGGAUGAAGAAUGAUAUUGUAUUUGUCUGCAAGAACUUAAAGAAAUGGAUGAAGGACGAAGCUGCUCCAGAUAUGGCCCUCCAAAAUACCCUAUUUAGCCCUAGGAUUCGCAAGGAACCUUUGGGCACGGCUUUGGUCAUCGGUGCAUUCAACUUCCCAGUUCAAUUGGCUUUGGGUCCAUUUGUUGGAGCUAUCGCUGCAGGGUGUACAGCUGUGUUAAAGCCCUCUGAGCAGUCACCUAAGACUGCUAUGAUUUUGAAGAAGAUUGUUGAAGAAAGUCUCGAUCCAGAGGCAUACACGGUGGUCAAUGGAGCUGUUCCCGAGACGACAGCUCUGUUGAACGAGAAAUGGGAUAAAAUCUUCUAUACCGGCGGCGAAACAGUGGGAACCAUUAUUGCGAAGAAGGCUGCGGAAACCUUGACACCAGUUGCUUUGGAGCUUGGUGGUAGAAACCCAGCUAUCAUAUCAAAGAAUGCGGAUCCUAAUCUCGCGGCCAGAAGAUUAUUAUGGGGUAAGAUUCUUAAUGCUGGACAGGUUUGCAUUGGCCAAAACUAUGUCAUGGUAGAAAAGGAAAUUCUGGAUGCUUUUAUCGAGCAACUUGGAAUUGCCUAUAAAGAAUUCUUUCCAAAUGGCGCCAAAGCAAGUCCCGAUUAUGGCCGAAUUGUCAACAACAGACAAUUUUUACGAAUCAAAAAGAUGCUUGAUAACACUGGCGGAAAGAUCCUGCUUGGCGGGGAAUUGGAUGAAGCCGAAAAUUUCAUCGCGCCAACUGUGGUUUUGGUUGACAGUCCAAACGAUUCAAUGUUGGUGGAUGAAUCUUUCGGUCCAUUGAUUCCUAUUCUACCAGUCGAUAGUCUUGAUGAAGCUAUCAAUAUCGCUCACGAUAUUCACUCAACUCCAUUGGGUUUCUAUCCAUUUGGAACAAAAGAAGAAACUGAUAAGAUGCUCGGCAGCAUCACAUCUGGCGGUGCUACUGUCAACGACGCUUUCUUCCACGGCUCAAUACAAACUCUUCCAUUUGGAGGAGUAGGAACUAGUGGAACCGGCUCUUAUAGAGGCGAGCAAUCCUUCCUCGCCUUCACCCAUCUCCGUUCUGUUGUCACGACCCCUAGCUGGAUCGAAAAAAUGCUCAAUGUUCGCUACCCACCAUAUACCGAUGCCAAACUUGCCCAAUUCCUCAAAUCCAGUAGGCAGAAACCAAAUUUCGAUAGGGAAGGUAAUGAGGUUAGAGGAUUGAGCUAUUGGCUGGGCUUUGUGACAAGUCUUGGUGGUGAGGGAGUUAAGAGUGUGCUUGUUAGGUGGGCAGUUCUCGCUUUCGUUACUUAUGGAUCGAAGAAAGUCUGGGAUUUGAAAUUUGGUAGCGGGUUGCCUUCUUACCUGAAAUGA